UAACCAUCUUCCCAUCUCAAACCAAAUCACACCCGAGUGCACACACACGCAUCGGCUUUUUUUCCGAACGCAAUUAACGACAGAGAGAUGGCGGCGCGAGACGGGGCGGUGGCGUUCGAGGACUUCUUCCCGGUGAUGGUCGAGAGGCUGGGCGCGCGGGGGUUCAUGGAGGAGCUGAGCAAAGGGUUCCGCCUACUGAUGGACGAGGAGAAGCGGGUGAUCACACUGGAGAGCUUGAAGAGGAAGGCGUCCCUGCUGGGGUUGCAGGCCAUGACCGACGAGGACGCGAGGUCGAUGGUGCGGGAAGGCGAUCUCAACGGGGACGGGACCUUGGACGAGAAGGAGUUCUGCGUGCUCAUGUUCAGAUUGAGCCCCGGCUUGAUGAAGGGUUCCAAGGAGAUGUUGGAGGAAGCCAUUGAUUCUUCUUGACUUUUUCGCGAGCUCUCGCUUUCGAUUGCCUUGUUACUAUCGAUCUACCAUUUCAUACUUUGGAUAUAAUUUAGGGACGGUAUGUCCCGAUACUGCUUU